ACAGUUCCCCAUCAACAUCGUGGCUGUCAAGGACGACCAUGACUUCCUGGAGAAGGACCUUGUAGAGCCUCUUUGCAGACGGCUGAACACCUUGAACAAGUGCGCCUCCAUGAGGCUGGAUGUCAACCUCCAAAGGAAAAAGAGCAACGACUCCGAUGAGGACGACCUCUGCCUCAGCAACAAGUGGACCUUCCAGAGGACCAGCCGCCGAUGGUCUCGCGUGGACGACCCGCACCCGCUGCUCGCCGGCGCCGGCGCGGGGGCGGGGCCGCCGGGCGGCGCUAGCAUGAGGGACGCCCAGAGCACGGAGAGCAUGCUCACCGAGCUGAGCGAGCCCGAGGUCUCCUCUCUGCACAGCGGCAGCAGCGCGGGCAGCGUGAGCAGCGAGGGCAGGACCCAGCCGGGGACACCCAGCGCCGGCCACGAGCCCUGGGACUGCCCCCCACAGGCCUACGCCACCGAAGGCCUGUCCGCCCCGGACGCCGCAGCCACUGGCAGCCACCUGGCACCGUCCCCCUGUAACACUGCCCACUCCCCGGGCCCCCCCAAGAAUGAGAAGUCAGGGAGGACCAGGGCCAAGUCCAUCCUGAAACGCAUGGAGGGCCUGCGAGCCCGAGGGGGACCUGGGAAGCACAAGGGGCCCGGGGGGACCGGGGGCUUGGCCAUCAGUGGGCCCUUGCUGCAACAGGACACCCUGUUGCCCCCCAACUGGGACCUCCAGGACCCAGGCCCAGGAGCCUCCACCAAGGGGCCAGCCCACAGCCCGGAGUCUCAGCUCAGCGGCAGCGCCCCCAGCACCCCAGGUCCACCAGAGCCCAGGCGCCAGGAGGCCAGCAAACGAGGAGGCCUGUACCUGGAGGACCUGGAUGUGCUGGCGGGGACGGUGCUGCGGGUGCCUGGCACCCAGGGCCACACCUCCACCUGCCGAUCCCAGGAGGACUUGCUGGUGCACAUACCCAAGGACCACAAGCCGGGGACAUUCCCCAAGGCGCUGUCCAUUGAAAGCCUGGCGCCCACGGACGGCAGCAGUAGAGCCCACUGGAGGGCAGAUGGCCUGGGCCGACCGCAGGACACCGGCGGCGGUGAGCCCCGGCUGACAGCAUCCUGCUCGCGGGAGAGCCGCAUCAGCAUCUACGACAACGUGCCCAGCUUCCACCUGUAUGCCAGCACUGGCGACCUGCUGGACCUGGGCCAGGAUGGCUUCUGCCCGCACCUGGAAGACAUUGUGCAGCAGGUCAGCGGGCUGCAGGAGGUGGUAGAUGACUGGUCCAGGGACAUCUUGCCCGAGCUGAGCCCCGGCCCCGCGGAGCCCACCUUCCCACCACCCGCUCAGAUCACCUUAGACUUCGAAGGCAACUCAAUCUCAGAAAGCGGGUCCACGCCCAGCGACGGGGACCCCGAGGCCCCAGGGGGGCGAGAGAGGAGGGACUCCGGAGUGGGGGCCUCACUGACCAGACCCAACAGGAGACUGCGCUGGCACAGCCUCCAGCUCCCCCACCAGCCGCCGCUGUCCACGGCCUCAUCCCCCAUCAGCUCGCAGACAGCCGGCCAGCUGAACCUGCUGCAGCGCCUCUCUCUGCUUCGUCUGACCGCCAUCAUGGACAGGCAGUCCACGUCCAGCAAGCACAGCUGGACAUGGUCCGUGCCAAAGUUCAUGAAGAGGAUGAAGGUCCCCGACUACAAAGACAAAACGGUCUUCGGUGUCCCCCUGACAGUCCACGUGCAGCGGACGGGCCAGCCCCUGCCUCAGAGCAUCCAACAGGCACUGAGAUACCUGCACCACAGCUGCCUCGACCAGGUGGGCCUUUUCCGGAAGUCUGGCGUGAAGUCCCGGAUCCAAGCCCUGCGGCAGAUGAACGAGCGCUUCCCCCGGAGCGUCAGCUACGAGGAACAGUCGGCCUACGAUGUGGCUGACAUGGUCAAGCAGUUCUUCCGGGAUCUUCCAGAGCCCCUGUUCACCAGCAAGCUCAGCGACACCUUCCUGCAUAUUUACCAGUAUGUCCCCAAGGAGCAGUGGCUGCAGGCGGUGCAGGCUGCCAUCUUGCUGCUGGCCGAUGAGAACCGCGAGGUCCUGCAGACGCUGCUGUGCUUCCUGAGUGACGUGGUCAGCCUGGUGCAGGAGAACCAGAUGACGCCCAUGAACCUGGCAGUGUGCCUGGCCCCCUCCCUUUUCCACCUGAACCUGCUGAAGAAGGAAAGCACCUCAAGAGUGAUCCAGAAGAAAUACGCCACGGGGAAGCCAGACCAGCGGGACCUCAGUGAGAACCUUGCGGCCGCCCAGGGGCUGGCCCACAUGAUCGUGGAGUGUGACCAGCUGUUUGAGGUUCCCCUGGAGAUGGUGGCGCAGUCGAAGAAGGCAUACCUGGAUGCCGACACCCCUUCUCCCACGCUGAACGACCUGGGCAAGCACCUGGAGGAGGGCGGGGCCACGGUGCACGCGUACCUGGAGCACCUGGUCCAGGGCCUGCAGAAGGAGGCCAAGGAGAAGUUUAAGGGCUGGGUCGCCUGCCCCAGCAUAGACAACGCAGAACUAGCCUUCAAAAAGGUGGAGGACGGGCACCCGCUGAAGCUGUGGAAGGCGUCGGUGGAGGUGGAGGCCCCCCCCUCCGUCGUCCUGAACCGGGUGCUGAGGGAGCGCCAUCUAUGGGAUGAGGACUUUGUGCAGUGGAAGGUUCUGGAAGCCCUGGACAAGCACACGGAGGUCUACCAGUACCUGCUGAACGCAAUGGACCCCCACCCUGCCCGGGACUUCGUGGUCCUCAGCUCCCCGGGCUGCAGCCCUGGCUCCUGGCUCCAAACAGAGGCCGGGGAAGAUUUGCUUGCUGUGUGUCCACUGUGCUGGCUGAGCCCAUCCCGGUCCCUCUGUCCCCUUCUGUCCGGGCCUUCAGGCUGCCUCGCUCUCCCCGUUCCGGACCUGGAGGACGGAUCUGCCCAAGGGCACGUGCGCCCUGGUAUCCGUGUCGGUGGAGCACCAGGAAGCCCGGCCCAUGGGAGGCGUGCGCGGGACUGUGAUGGCAUCUCAGUACCUGAUAGAGCCCUGCGGCUCUGGGAAGUCCCGGCUGACCCACGUCUGCAGGGUGGACCUCAAGGGUCACUCCCCAGAGUGGUACAGCAAGGCCUUUGGUCAUCUGUGCACGGCCGAAGUCGCCCGGAUCCGAAACUCUUUCCAGCCCCUCAUUGCUGAGGGUCCAGAAACGAAAAUCUGAGAGGCGUUCCCACCCAGUUCUGGCACCAAGCUCAGGGAAGCGGAAGCACGCCAAACACGCGUGAGGAGAACGAGCGAGCGAGCGAGUGAGAGAGAGAGAGAGAGAGAGAGAGACCCGUGGGCAUGGCUCAUGCCAAACACAACGGGAGAAGAUCAAAGAAAGAAUUUAUAAGAACCGAUCCUAGCCCUCCUGGAGAUGGCUAUAGCCCUACUAAUAUAAUAUUUUUAUAUUUAAAAAGCCAAAACCUUUAUCUAUGUUACUUAAAAUUAAAUGGAUUGUUCCUUGUGCAUCGCCUAAUUUGCUAUUUAAAAGCUUCCAAGAAGCACCUCCCUCGUUGUAAAUAAACGUCCGUCCGGCGUGUGCACA